AUGGAAAGUAUUUUAGAGCAACAACGUAAAGCUCACGAAGAGAUUGAGCGACUGGAACAAGCCAUAGUAGAUCAGUUUAUGAGAGAUCCGAAAUCACACAAAGAACGACUAACAAGAGAGCAUCGUGUAAGCGAUUUUCUUGACAGGAUCAGUUCUCGGAGUAAGUUUCUCUACGAACUUUACGAUGAUUCUGAUGGAGCCCGUAAAGCUGAAAUAGAUGCUUUGUCUGGUUCUUCAGAAUUCAGUGAAUUUUAUGCGAGACUAAGAGCUAUAAAAGAUUAUCACAGACGGUAUCCUAACGAAACAGUCGAGCCGCUAGAAUUGGAGUUUAUAAAUCAAGCCAAGCAGAGCAACGAGGAUGAUGACCUUGAUAAACUGUUUUCUGGUGAAGAAGCCUUCGGUCGGUUCUUGGAUCUUCAUUCUCUUCAUGAGAAGUAUGUUAAUUUGAAGGCAGUGAAGAAGUUGGAUUAUUUAAGUUAUAUAAGUGAAUUUGAUCAUUUUUCUGAAUAUUCCAAAGAAUACAAGAACGGCGAAUAUGUUGAGUAUUUAAACGAGUUAAAGGCAUACCUAGAAGGCUUCUUUGCCCGGGUAAAACCACUCUCUAAUUUAGAUGAAAUACGCAAACAAACAGAAAAUGAAUUUAAUGCUCGAUGGCAACAAGGCAAAUUCCCAGGAUGGGAACGACGAUUCGGUCAAGACGAGUUGACAAGUGAUUUAUUCUGCGUUGCUUGUCGGAGAUCAUAUGCUAAGCGAACAGUGUAUGACGCUCAUUUGAAGAGUAAGAAGCAUAUAAAAGCAGCUAAAGCAAUGAUGGAACAAGGUGUUGUUGAAAUAGAUAAUGAAACGCGGGAGAAAUUACGGAAACAAACUGAAGACGAAAAAGAGAAUAAAGAAAGACUGACUGCAUUUACCGAAGCUCUAAUACAAAAAUAUGCCGAGAUACUUGGAACACAACGCGAAGAUACUAAAGCCAAUGUAGAGAGGAAACGAGCAUUGACUGAUAGAGAGCGCAGGUUACCGCUUGGAUGGGAUGGAAAGCCGAUUCCAUAUUGGCUAUAUAAAUUACAUGGAUUAGGCGUAGAGUAUCCGUGUGAAAUAUGUGGGAACUACGUUUACAUGGGACGAAAAGCAUUCGAUCGACAUUUUCAAGAGUGGCGACAUGCUCAUGGAAUGAGGUGUUUGGGUAUUCCGAAUACUCGACAUUUCCACGAAAUAACACUAAUAGAAGACGCAUACGCAUUAUGGGAGAAACUGAAGAGCACAAAUAAAAUGGACGAAUUUAAAGCCGAUACAAUGGAGGAAUUUGAAGACGAAGAAGGAAACGUAUUUAACAAGAAGACCUACGAUGAUUUAAAGAGACAAGGCUUGAUUUAA